AUGGCGGGAGAGACGGGGCAAGCUGGCGGUCAUGGCGGGAGAGACGGGGCAAGCUGGCGGUCAUGGCGGGAGAGACGGGGCAAGCUGGCGGUCAUGGCGGGAGAGACGGGGCAAGCUGGCGGUCAUGGCGGGAAACGGGGCAAGCUGGCGGUCAUGGCGGGAGAGACGGGGCAAGCUGGCGGUCAUGGCGGGAAACGGGGCAAGCUGGCGGUCAUGGCGGGAAACGGGGCAAGCUGGCGGUCAUGGCGGGAAACGGGGCAAGCUGGCGGUCAUGGCGGGAAACGGGGCAAGCUGGCGGUCAUGGCGGGAAACGGGGCAAGCUGGCGGUCAUGGCGGGAGACGGGGCAAGCUGGCGGUCAUGGCGGGAAACGGUGCAAGCUGGCGGUCAUGGCGGGAAACGGUGCAAGCUGGCGGUCAUGGCGGGAAACGGGGCAAGCUGGUGGCUGUGACAAGAGAAUGGCUGGGCAAGCUGGCGGCCGUAAUUUAAAGGAGUUGGUGGGGCUAGCUGGCGGCGCUAAAAGGUGUUGA